GACGCGACCUGCGUCAGCAAUGCCGGAAGCGCGCGUUAGAAAAGCACGGCGAGCGGUAACGGCAGAUUCGCCACUGCAUGAUGCUCUUCACCAGGGCUUUUACCAUUUUGACAGCUUUAGCGGCUCCGCAGACCUGCCGACGAGAAAAACACUGGGUCUCCUUCCGAUAAACGCUCAGGUGCGGAGGGGGAGAUGACUAAAGAAGAAGUGUUGAGGGAGUCUUCAGAAGGAGACGCUGUGCUGGACAGGUACAGGGUCCUGUCCCACACCGCUGCACGGCCAGUUAUUCACCAGGUGGCAUCAGCACCCAUGCCCACUGACUCUGACUUCUCCUUCUUUGACCCCAGUGACCCCCAGUGUAGGGAGGUCCUGCUUGACCCUCAGACCACAGUUCCUGAGCUGUUCGCUGUGCUCAGGCAGUGGGUUCCCCAAGUCCAGAAGAACAUCAGUCUCAUAGGCAAUGAGAUUCUGAAGAGAGGCUGUGGGGUCAAUGACAGAGAUGGGCUUACUGACAUGACCUUGCUGCAUUACUGCUGCAAAGCUGGCGCACCUGGCAUUGGUGAUGCAGAGAAUGCGGCGAGCUUUGCCCAGAAGCUCUUAUCUCUGGGAGCUGAGCCGUCCCUGCGCAGCCGCUGGACCAACAUGAAUGCCCUGCACUAUGCCGCAUACUUCGAUGUUCCACCUCUCAUCCGCGUUGUGCUGCAGGCGAGCCAGCCAGGAGAAGUGGAUGCCACCUGCAGCGAUUUCGACUUUGGCACUGCCCUGCACAUUUCUGCCUCUAACCUCUGUACUUCUGCAGUCCGCUGCCUGCUGGAGCUCGGAGCCAAUCCUGCAUUCAGGAAUGAUAAGGGACAGUGUCCUGCAGAUGUGGUUCCAGAGCCUCUGGACAUGCCUCUUGAGAUGGCGGAUGCUGCAGCCCAGGCCAAAGAGCUGCGGGCUCUGCUACGGGAAGCGCUUCCCAGACCCAGUACUACUCUGCCCCUCCUUCCAGGGCGACCCCUGAGCCUCCUCUCAGAAAAAGCCCGAUCACAGCUUUCCAGCAUGGGCAUCCGCCUCGGGGACAAGGUCAUCAUUGCUGGCCAGAAGGUGGGCACACUGCGCUUCUGCGGCAGCACAGAGUUUGCCGGGGGCCUGUGGGCUGGAGUGGAGCUUCAGCAGCCUGAGGGGAAGAAUGAUGGGUCUGUGGCUGGAGUCCAGUACUUUACCUGCCCGAUGAAACAUGGAAUUUUUGCUCCACUCUCGAAAAUCAGUAAGUACUCGGAACGUCGCAGACCGAACCCCCGACAGCCUGCUGCUCCCAUCCGCCCGCCUCGUCACAUCGACCUUGCCAGGGUCAAAUCCAAGGUGGACACAGGUUUAGGAUCUGUAAAGGCAAAGUCCUUACCAGCGCUUGCAGAUGGCCUGGAUGAGCUUUCGGGUGUUAAGACAGGUGGUCUCUCACGGAGCUGUUCCACAUCUUCCUCCUCUCUGGACUCCAGACAGACUCCUGGCCGACGCCUUCCACUCCCCCUUCCCCGACAGAGGCGCCCCCUCCGGCCACGGCAGGAGCGAACGCCCCCCAACAGCCGUUCCACUCCUCCGCCAGUCCUCCGCUCCCUCAGCAGCACCCCACAGUCUGGGGUAGCACGCAGCAGGACUCCCUCAGCCAGCAGCUCAGUAUGUGAGGUUCCAGAGGUGCGUCUGGGCGAGCGAGUCCUCGUAGUGGGACAGAGGACAGGAGUGGUCCGAUUCUAUGGCAAGACCAGCUUUGCCCCAGGCUUUUGGCUGGGGAUUGAGCUGGAUAAGCCCAGUGGGAAGAAUGAUGGCUCUGUCGGAGGAGUGAAGUAUUUUAGCUGCCCCCCCAAACAUGGAGUAUUCGCCCCACCCUCACGCGUACAGCGGAUCCAUGGGUCUGUAGACUGUCUGUCAGAACUGACCUCCUCCCGGCACAGUCACUCCUUCAGCGGAAUCCGUCGUAGUCUUAGCACCUCUUCAGCCAUUGCCACACAGCGCGAGCCAAAUCGGAAGAAUCAAGCUAACCGCAGUCAGUCAUCUGGCGUGCGUCGGCGCUGGAGCACAUUGAGUUCUGGCUGGGGUUCGCUCAGCUCGGCUGGAGCUUCUCCUCGAGGGCCGAGCAGCGUGGGAGGGACCACCAGCUCCUCAGGCUCGGAUGGCGCUGUCAGACUGCACCUGGGCAUGCAGGUCCUGCUCAGCAGUGCCAAUGAGAUGGGCACCAUCCGCUACCUUGGCACUGCUGACUUUGCCCCUGGCUUGUGGCUAGGCCUGGAGCUGCGCAGUGCAAAGGGGAAGAACGAUGGCUCUGUUGGCUCCCGGCGUUACUUCAGCUGCCGGCCUGGCCAUGGCGUCCUGGUGAGACCGAGCAGGGUCACCUAUCGCGGCAUCAACGGAGCCAAGCUUGUGGAUGAAAGCAGCUGAGACAUUGAGAUCCUCCAAAAGAGUGGCUUUGCUCUCUCUGCUCCCAUCUGUCUCUGACUAGAUCACGGUUUCUUUCUUCUUAUAGCAAACAAGUGGCUAGCUGGCACGGAUGGACAGCAGCACUAAAGGAGAGACAAUGGAAGAUACAUGUGCCAAAGAGCAAGUUGAAGGACUUUAGAAGCACAAUGACGGGGUCAUUAGUCUGCACUGGAGUUUGUGUAAUGAGGUUUAUUUUUUGUUUACCAUGGAAGUAUGGUGACCCGCUGAAAUGAAAUUGAACGUCAUGUUAUUUAGUGAGUGAAUGUGAAAUUAUGUUUUUCUAAGCUGAGGGAUUGGGGUUUCAUUUUGGUUUAGGUUCUGAUACUUUGUCAAAUAGCAGUAGCAAUUUCUAAGCACUUUAAGAAAAUUGAUGCGGUUUCAGACAAUGACUUUUGUUAAACAGAACUGGCUUUUUACUUUGGCUUUUAGGUCUGACUCUUAAACAGAAUCAGUGCAGAAAGUUCCUAAAGAUUUCUGAAGAUGAUGCACAUUGAUAUUGUACAGCUUCUUUAUCUGCUUUAUGAUAGUGCGUAGCACUUUUAGAUUAAAAAUAUUUUCUUUCAUUUUGCUGAGAGUGUGGGCAAAACAUCAUUACAUAUAAUAGCACUUUAAUACUGUUACAGUUCAAGCCCCUCACAUUUUGUCUGAAUCUAAAUUUAGCUUCAUAGUUUUACAGCAGAACAGUAAUGACUAUAGCCUCUUUAGGGUUUCGGCUCUGGCCUUGUUCAUUUCUUUGUAGUGAAAAUCUCAAUAGAACAUCUCUAUAGAAAGAGUGAGACUAAUAGAGCCAUUCUAUCAAAGCCGGUUACCAUGUCGGAACUAUUUAACUCAUUAGCUCAUUUACUCGUCUACUUCCCAUCUGAAAGGUGGUGUGGCAAGAAAGAGGACUGCAUGAGAAGAAGAAAAAAGUCUAACAUUUGUAGGUGCCCAUGUUUGAAAAGUGAUGUGCUGCCUGUCUACUAGCGGGAACUCUGUGUUUUGAAAAGAGAUGUUAAAUAGCUCCGUUUAAUUGAAAAUGCCCAGUUUCAUUGCUACAGAUAUAAAUAUUGAUAAUAAUAAUAAUCUAUUUUCCUGAAACUGCAUGCAUUAUUAUAUCAUAAUUUAUGUACAAGAAGUGUCAUAUAAUUAUAUUUGGAAUUUAGUGAAUAGUUUUCAUUUCCUGUCUGAAGGAAAAUCCAGGUUAUUAUCUCAGCAGGUAAAAGUUAGAAACCUGUUGGCAGCAAGAAAGAAGAAAAAAAAAGUUUUCUACCCAACAAAAAGUAUUUUUCGCCAGUUGCGUGUUGCUAUCCUAUCGUAUGUUUGCACUAAACACGUCAAAUUACUUGAAUGAUUUUAGAAAUAUUUUGUGGUCAGUGAGAAAUCAGCAAACUCACCCACGCAAUUGACGCACCCAUGCUCUGCCCGCAAAUGCUUUAUUUUGUCAUUUUUCUGAUGAAUAUUGUGAUUUAAAUGGCAAUUAUUUUUAAUACAGUAAGGUCGCAAAUGCGUAUGUAGUAUGCCCAACUGCCAGGUAAUUGUGGUUGUGUUGUUAUGCACACAGCAGAUGGUGGUUGCUUCUGAUUUGGUAGAACUAAUCUCUAGGCAGUUCACAAACUCUGUGCUAUUAUGUUAAAUUUCUGCACUUAAAACUUGUUGACAACACCUGCAUCUGAUUGCCUCUGACUGCAUGAGCUACAGUUUGAGUAGGAUUUCAGUCAGUAGCUGUUGCAAAAGAAUGCAUUUGUGGCUGAAGCGUAGAUGUCAGUUCCAAGUAUUAGCAUUUGCUGGACUUCCACUGAUUUUGCUAAGUUUCUGCAUAAUUAAAGGGUUAAGAUUUAAGCAAAAGUAUUCUGAGAAGUUCGAUGUGAAAUGUUCUUCCUGAGCCAGAGCUGUUGGUGAUAGGAAUCAGACAUCUGAAGAGAUCAGUGCCUCUAAUAGCGACAUCACAUUGUUAUUACAUAAGAGAAUAACAAAUAUGAUAGACAUGGUGUUAAUUUUGAAAUAAGGUUAUAGUACUUUACAAUUUUUCCUUAAGUAAUCGUUUAUAUAUUUCCUACUGUAAUCAGCAUUCUCAACAUUACAUAUAAUAAAUCAGCAGAUGUGUAGAGUCACUGGUCAUUUUGGACAGUACUGGCUUAAAGCUGUAUUGAGAGAUACACUCCAAAAACCCUUGCAUGAUUAAAGGGUUCUUUGCAUCAUGAAAGGGUUAUAAAGGGUCAUAAAGGGCACCAAAAAGGGUUCUUUUGUUGUUAGCACCCUUUUUGGUG